AUGUUCCUCCACAUUUCUAUCUAUCUCUUGCUUUAUCUAUCUUAUUCUGCACAUAUCUACAGCCUGUUUUUCUUUUCUUUUUAUUUCUCUUUUUCAUCAUCUCUCAUUUCUCUCCUUCUUUUCUCAUCUUCUCUCUAUCUUUCCUUUAUUAAUUCUUUCUUCCCUUAUUUCUCCCCUUCUCUCUUUUCUUUCUCCUUUUCUCUUUUUUCCUUCUCUCAUUCUUUUCUCCUCUUUUUUCAUUCUCUCCUUCGCAUUCUUCUUUCUCUCCUUCUUGUGUUUCUUUCUCUCUCUCUCUCUUUGUCACCUUCUCUUUUUUAUUUCUCCCCUUCUUUUUUUUUCUUUCUCCCCUUCUUUUUUUCUUUCUCCCCUUCUUUUUUUCUUCUUUCUCCCCUUCUUUUUUAUUUCUCCCUUUCUUUUCUUUUUCUCUUCUUUCUUUUCUUUUUCUUUUCUUUUUCUCUUCUUUCUUUUCUUUUUCUCUUCUUUCUUUUCUUUCACAUCUUCUCUCUUUUCUUUCUCGCCUUCCUGCCUAUUCUUUUCUCUUUUCUUUGUCUCAUUCCUUUCCCCACUUCUCUCUUUUCCAUCCUACUCCUCUUUCUUCCUACUUCCCUUCUCUCUGUCCUUUCUCACCUCUUUUUCUGUUUCUCUCCUCCUCUUGUUGUUUGUCUUCUUUCUCUUUUCACUCUUUCUUAUUUCUCUUCACUUAAGAAGGUUAGAGAAGAAGUAAAUAAAGUUUAA